AUGUCGGACACAUCAAUUCAAAAGUUGCCCAAUCUCGAACUGGCCCAUUAUCGUUUUAUUCUGAAUAAUCCCAAAACCCCCGAACACCAUGAAGAAGCAAAAAAUAAUCUGCUAGCCGCGAUCGAGGAAAAUAAAAUGGCGCCAUUUUACCAACUCAUCGCGGAUGAAGUUAAAAUCCCCCUCGAUAAAACUUUACUUGCCAAAUAUCAAGAAGCAAAUAAAGAAGAGUUACAGAAGUUAGACGAAAGGUUUCAAGACGCCGAGAAAAAUCUCGGAGAAACAGAAAUCAGCGAUGCUUUAUUAGCCAAGGCUGAUUACUUUGCCAAAAUUGGGGAUAAGGAAAAAGCACUCUCCGGAUACGGUGCAGCAUUAGACAAAACGGCGGGAUUAGGAUCCCGAAUUGACAUAAUCUUUUCCUUUGUGCGGAUCGGUUUUUUCUUUAAUGAUAACGAUAUCAUCAGUCGUAACAUAGAGCGGGCAAAAAGCAUGAUCGAGGAAGGUGGCGAUUGGGAUCGACGAAAUCGCCUUAAAGUGUAUGAGGGGAUCUAUAGGUUAUCGAUACGCGAUUUCAAGACGGCCGCAAAUUUGUUUCUCGAUACACUUUCAACAUUCAUGUCGACCGAAUUGAUGGAAUACAAGACUUUUAUAAAAUACGCCGUUUUGGCAGGUGCCAUCUCCCUCAGCAGAGUAGAUCUGAAAAAGAAGGUGAUUGAUGCACCCGAAGUAUUAGAAGUCUUGCACGAGAUACCACAUUUGGAAGAUUUUAUCACAUCUCUCUACAACUGUGAAUAUGCGAAAUUUUUCCAAGCCCUUGCUGAUGUAGAACGAAAUCAUCUUCGCACCUCAAGAUAUUUGUUCUCACAUUUACGGUAUUACGUACGUGAAAUGCGCAUAACUGCGUACGCACAGCUUUUGGAAUCAUAUCGUUCGCUCACCAUGGAAAGCAUGGCAAAUUCGUUCGGUGUAUCGGAGGAAUUUAUCGACAAUGACGUCUCCAAGUUUAUCGCUGCCGGACGACUUAACUGUGUCAUUGACAAAGUAAAUGGAAUUGUAGAGACCAAUCGGCCUGAUGCAAAGAAUGCGCAAUAUCAACAGACAAUUAAACAAGGUGAUAUCUUGUUAAAUCGUAUCCAAAAGUUAUCUAGGGUCAUCAAUGUAUAG